CGGCUUCUCCUUCCUCGCUCGAUCCCCAAAUCAAAUCGCUCCACCCAACCCUAGCCCUAACCCUAGCCGCGCCGCCGCCAUCGAUCACCAAAUCCCUUCUCCCUCCACCCUCCACCCAACCCUAAUCCCUACCUCAGCUAGCUAGCCGCCAUGGCCCGUUCCACGGCUCUGCUCCAACGCGAGAUUUACUUCUCCGACGACGCGGCGUUAUCCGGCCGAGUGUCGUCAAUCCGCUGCCCGUGGGAAGGACGAGAUGAUCCACCAAGCCGCCAAGAGAUCAGUGACGCAGUCACCGAUUACCUGCGGACCUUCAAGGCGCACGCAGUCGUCGCCGAUCCGCCGGCGCUCUCCUUCCUCCACAUACUGCGGCCGCCGGCAUCUGUCGGGCUCCCGAUGCAGUUCCACAGCCUCACCUUGGCCACUAUCUCCAGCGCGGACAAGAACCUGGUCGCCAUGUACGCCGGAGGGUACCGCCCUGGCAACCGUUUGCCGGGAGGCUACCUCAUCUACGACGCCAGGAACGACUCCAUCUCUGGGAUCCCCGAACUCCCCUCCGACCACUCACAUAGAGCCAUUGGGUGCGAGUCGGCCGUCGUCAUGUGCGAAGCCGCCGCCGCCGCCGGGAACGACUACUUUCUUGCCGAGCUCGUCAGGGUCUGGCCAGAAGGCUCCCAAGCUGCGCUCUGGCUGUGGAAGUCGUCCGUCCAAAAAUGGGACUUGCAUCCCAGUCGCCUGCCCCUUCCAUCCAGCACCACCAGCCACUUCUCCCCUGACUUGUGCUUCUCUUGUUGGGGCUCUGUCCUCUGCUGGGUGGAUCUGCUCAAAGGCAUGGUGCUCUGUGAUCUGAAGCAAAACUGCAAGUUCAGCUUUAUUCAGUUGCCCAAAGAUUGUCCAACCUAUGAUGCCGACAGCAACAAGUUUACAUACGCCUGUGCCGAGGAGUUCCGUUCCAUGGCCUGUGUUGGUGGCGAAAUCAAGUUUGUCGCCCUGGAUGAAUGUGAUGAACACCAGCCGGAAAAAGGAUUGGAACUGACCAUCUGGACUCUCUCGCAUGACCUCUCAGGGUGGAAGGAAAGCCGCAAGUACAAUGUUGAAAACAUCUGGGCAAACGAGGCCUACAAGCCUGCUGGUAUAAGAAAUCUUCCUCCGUCGUUCCCUGUUCUGAGCAUCCAUGAAGACGGCGUCGUCUACCUAGUCUUAGAUGAUCUCAGGGAGUUGGACGAUGGACUAGAGUACAUGGGCCAGUGGAUGCUUCGUGUUGACAUAGGCAAUGACAAGGUCCAGUUCUAUCCAAAGGGUGAAAAGAGUUCUGUUAAUUCCCAGCUCUUUGCCAGUGAGUUCAGUGCGCACCGACAGCAUUUACAGGAUCACCGAGAGAGGUAAGAGCAAGCCAGUUUGUUUUAAGAGGAAAGAGGAUGAAGUCUUGAGAUCUUGGCAACAUAUCAUGAGGAAAUUUGGACCGAUGGCGGCCACUUGAUUUUGCUUAGGCCCAAUGAAGACAUUUAAUGUCAUCUGUAUCGAUUAGUUGUAGUUAUAAACUUUAUCAGUCAUGGCAUUAUGCCUAUUGAGUGGCUCCUUUUGGAUUGUAACUGGGCAUGGUUUAAACUUAUCAGUCCUGACUUUAUGCCUAUUGGAGUGCUUCUUUUGGAUUGCACUAGCUGGUUGUGGCCGUUUACGGUUUAUUAUUUUUUAUUGUGUUGAUUCUGGCUUCAUACUUA